AUGAAGUUAACUAUCUCGCUUCUACUCCUCGGGGCUGUCUCGGCGGUCAAUGGCUUGAGUGAGUGCAUCCUCAACUGCCAAGCCGAGGCUGCCGCAAGCGACUGCAGCACCAGCAACUACAAUCAGACCAGCUGUUACUGCAACAACGGCGACUUCCCCAUCGAUGUGCAAUCUUGCCUGGAAAAGAGCUGCUCGGAUGAUAUCGGAUCCUUCCACACCUAUCGUGGCUCACAGUGCGGAGGAUCUUCUGCUACAACCACCGCAACUGCAGCUGCCUCAACUUCAACCAUAACCUUGAGUAGCUGCAUCCUAGACUGCCAGUCUACAGCCGCCGACACUGUCGGUGGUGUCUGUUCGUCCAGCAACUAUCUAACGAAACCCAGGGACUGUGCCGGCCAAGAUGGCACCUUCCACCAAUGGCGUGGAUCUAUCUGCGCAUCCAGCACAACCACAAGCAGUUCCACCUCAGCUGCGACAUCCACUAGCUCUAGUUCCGGCAGCUCUGGACUCAGCAAAGGCGCUAUCGCAGGCAUUGGUGUCGGCUCUGCCGUCGCCGGGAUUGCAAUUAUCUCCUUGAUUGUAUUUACGCUCCUACGUCGCCGGUGGAAAUCCGCCCAUACUUACAACAAGGACAGUGACCCUAGGAACUUUCCGCUUCAUAAAACGGCUUCGGCUGAGACGUCUGUGGCGUGA